AUGUCCGUCACCACCACCACAGACUCGGCGCGCUAUCAAAUCCACUCUCACCUGGUCGACUAUGAAUUGCACCACUCAGGCACGUCUGGCCCAGCGCCGCCGCCAGAAGCGCAUCCUGUUCCCUCGACAGUAGAUCAGCAAGGGCUGAACGCGCGAAACCCUGAAAGCUGGCCGACGGAUCACCGCCGCAUCCCCCCGUACCGCCCGAUUAACAGGGAGCUGGAUAUGUCGCAAAGACGAGUAUAUACGAGUGUACCGGAGCGGAUCUUUAUUGAGGUGAUGUUCACGGGGGUGGCGACGAAUGCGAGCGUGAGUCAGAUAUGGGCUGCGACAGGCGGCAAGCUGGUGCCAAGUUGGUUUAGGUACAAGAUCGGAGGAGAGUGGUGA